AGACAGGCACCUGCGUGGACAGCUUCCCGGAUGUAAAUAGAGGUCCUUUCACUCCGGCGCAUGUUUUGUAUCUCCUCCGCAGAGUUGGCUCCCCGUCUCUCGUCACUGUCUAAACACCGGUACCUCACUGAAAUGGUAUUUUGUAAAGUUUUGUUAAAGCUUCUUGUACUAAAUUGACCUUCCUUUACUCAGCCGUAAAGCCUCUUGUCUUUCAUCGGUGGUUAAUAUUUGUUGUUAACAGCUGAAGUCGAUGUUUGUUAGCCUGCUGCUAACCGUCCUGUAAACUCAAAACUUUAAAGGAGGUCCUUUAAAACACAAAUACUCUCAGUUUUACCUUUCUUUACACCAGGUUAUUCUUUAAUAGCUAAAUGUUGAUUUCCUUAAUGUGUCUUAGAAAGACGGACUAACCAAACCUCAUUUAAAACUCUUGUUAUUGAACGGUAAACAGAUUUAUUUACUGUUUUCAGCUGUGCUGUAAAGAGAGGUAUAGUACGGCAUGUUUUUCUGUAAAUAGAGGAGUUUAUGAUCAGUAUACAUGAAACUAAUCUCACAGUUUUUAGCCGUUAAAACGCUGUCACUUCUGUUGAGGGUUAUUUGCAGACAGGUUCAACUCAAACUGGCUGUUUUUCAGGAACUAUGAAGGACAGUGAUCAGUGGAAACGAGCCUCAAGAAGACAUUUAAUGUACAAGUUAACUUACUUUUCAGAAGGGGACUAUUCCUGUAUUACACUUCCUUUUAUUUUUGAUUAAACUUGGGAAUUAUUCCUAUAAAUCUGAGAUACUUGUUAUCUGAUAUGUCAUGUAAGUCAAAAUCAUCAAAAUAAGAACAAAUAAGCUUUGAGAUGUUUCACUUUGUAUGCAACAUAAUUUCUAAACAGAUAUAACAAAACGUUUUCUCAAUAUUGUAAUUUUUAUUUGGCCCACUGAUUACAGUGUCUAUUGUGUUGCAGCUAUUUGAUAAUAAACAUUAAGCUCCAUUUAUACUGCAAGAUUACCCUUAUAAAAAGAUAACUUAUUGUAUUUGAAAAUAAUAUAUGAGCUGAACAAAAGCUCUAUUAUGAUUAAUUCAAAUAAAUCAACCUUGUAUAUUGCCAAAUUUACUGUUUAUCUUAUGAUGUAUGCUUUUAUUUUCAUAAAAAGUUGGAUUAUGUUGGGCUGUCUAGGUUUUGAAGUUUGAUCUCAAAGAGUUUGAGAUGGUAAAGUAUCAAAAGAGGCUUUUGAAACAACAAUUAAAAAAGUUAACAAAGAGACUUUCUUGCAUUCAACUGAAUUUGUGCUCUCUCAACAAUAGUAUCAUGAAAGCCUGAAUGAAGUUAAAGGUUAUCACUUUUUUAAGUUAGUAAAAUUCUGUUUCCAAGACUAAGAUAGCUUGAAUAAUGAUCAGAAUAUAAAGUAAUGAAUACUGAGCUAUAAAAAAUAGACACUAACUGUCUGUUAUUAGCUAAUUCUUUAGACCCACUUAAAUCUUAAUUAUUUGAAAGUUAAAGUACAGUAAAUUUCUGCCUUUUCCCAAAUCAACAAAAUGUCCAACAAGCGUAGAUGCUGUUGUUUAGGAAAGAUAUCAAAGUUCACUUUAAACCAAAGCAAAAAUUCAUUGUGUCAUUCCUUGGAGUGAUCUGAAACAACUAAUUUCCUGGUUAUUAAAAUGGAAAUGAUUUUUUUGACUAACUUACUGGUCUUAAGGUAAGAAAACUGAAAAUAAAAGUCCAAUUUAUUUUAGAUUACUUAACUUUGGAUCACAGAGUCUGCCAGUAAACAACGUCAAAUUGGUUUGCUGAGUGUAACAUUAGCAGAGCAUUGCAUCUAUUUUAAAAGUAUUGCAAAUUUAAGAGGCUUGCUUGUUGGGUGCACUCUGAGUUGUCAAAUUGACCCUGGAGCUGAUAUGGUUAUGCUUAACUAAAAUGUUAUUUGUCAUCUGUUUGGGGUUUUUAAUCAAAUUCAUCGUCAGAGUUCUUGCUGCCCUCCGGAAACUGUUCAUCAUGUCCAAACAGUUGUCACUCUGUCAAACAUUUCACCGUCCAUUACUUAGCCUUUAUGCAGUCACUCAUCACUCACUGUAGAUGACUGACAGAUGUGGUACUGUGGGGUGUGCCGUUUGACAGAGUAUAGCUCACUGUUUUUUUUCUGCGUGUUGUGUUUUCUUACAGUAUGAUGUCUUAUCAGGAUUAUUGCACAGAGAAACAUCCAUCUGUUUCCUUGUUUUUGCAGUAUGGACAGCAGAAUCCUCAGCCUAUCACACCCUGAACGUGUGGAGAUGUAUGAUGACACUCAAGCUGUCAACCCUCUUGUGUCCCUUUAUCCUCAAGUGUCCAGGUAAAUGACCUCAUGGAGGAAAUGGGUGAUAAUGCAAACAGAUAAGGCUCCAGGUACCUGUUGACCACAGUGGAGACCUCCUAAAACAGGACCCUCUGACACAGUGCUCCAUCAGUGCCUGCCUCAGUGACACCCACAAGGCAUUUAGCUCUUAUCUGCAAUGGCCCCUGCUUAGCAUUCACGCCAUUCACGCGAACAAUGCCACCUCUUCCCACUCAGUGGAUCUGUGACUGACAGUGGGUGUUGGUGCACUUGUGUCCGACUUCGGCCUCUGUCCGCCGCUGGUCUGUUUAUCCAGCCCAGAUAAACCCACCAAGACACAAUAAAGGGCGUGUGUCUUCCUCGCCACUUCCCGUGUUGUUUGUGUAACUGGACUUUAAUAAUGGAGCUUGCUCUCUAUUUGGCAGGUUGGUUUCCUCCUCUUAAAGAUCUGUAUUAUUUGGGGGAGGGUUAGGACAGAAAAGCUAACUAAUGGUCAUAAAGUCAGCUCACCACCCACUGACCAGGCAGAGAGGAGGAAGUGUCCCUUUGGCGAGACUGUGAAAAGCAGGGAAAUAGUAGAUAAGAGCGCUGCCUGUGGUAGAGUGACUAAUAACUGAGGUAUGGUGCAGCAGCAGAGGAUGGAUGAGGUGUCUUCUUCUCUAAAAAUGCAUAUUUUUCAAGCUUAAAAAAAAAAAAUGCUAUUAUUUGAAUGUUAUAAAGUCGGCUUUUCAUUUGACGGCCUAUCUUGAAUGUGGCUUUUGAGUUGUGUGUAAUCUACUUUGAGUUUUCAUCACGCAGCUCAGAUCUCAUAUUUGAUGAGGCUGAUAUCAGCAAAGGAUCUUGGGAUCCCAUGCCUCUAUAAUGGCUCCUGUGAAGCUGGGCAUUAUAAAGCUUCUAUAAUAAACCCCCUGUGAUCAGUAUAUCCUUCCCUCCCUGCUCUUAUUUAUGAAUGGCAGAAUUUGACAAGGGGGCAGCUCGGGUAGGUAGCUGCCGAUCACAUGAUACCAGGACUAAAGAGUCAGGCGAGGAAUGUGGAUGGGACUCCCCCUUUAGCCCUGGUUUAAAAAAAAAAAAGGAAAACUUUGAUGCCCCAUAUCAUAACGAAUACCGUCUCUGCCCCCUCCCUCAAGCUCUCAUAUGUGCUGCAAUGCCGUGGAGGAGAGGGGGGCACUGAUAGUGGCUGCGUUUGAUCUGAAGGUCGCCAGCCCCUUGCUGGUGUUGAGAGAUCCUUGGCGGACGAGGCUGGCUCUUAUUUAAUAACAUGAAGGGGAAGCGGACCUUUCUCUCAUAAUUAGGCCUAAUUACCCAGUAGGUGUGGACAGACGGCCCAAGAAGAGACAAACUGCCUUUAUCCACGGACUUAGAGUCAGAUUACCCCCGAGCUGUCUUAUCUGUUACAGGGCAAGCAGGAGCCUCAAUCCUCCUCUCCUGCCUCUUCCCACUGGCUCAGGUUUAUUAAUCAGUCAGUCUGAUUUAUCACAGCCUGUCCACCACUCACAAGUUUAAUUAGUCCGAGCUAUUUGCCCUGUUCUGCAGUUUUUCUGAUAUUUAUCCUGGGGACGUUUUAAUAAGCAGUUCUGACUCAUUGGGUAUCAGUUAUCCAUCCCUCAAUCACUUUAAAGUUUCAUUAAAACCACCAUGAUCGCCAGAGGUUUGUUUUUCUAGAUGAACAAGCAACUGUCCUUCACAAUCUCAUCAUUCUGUCUUUGCAACAACUAACAUUCACCAGCGUGAUUGUUUGCUCAGUAGCCUCUAUGUUAGCGAGAACAAUUUAAAGGUUCUUGCAAAUAGAUUUGAGUGACAUCCUGCUGCGGUUUUGUUUGUUUACGGUAUCCUUCUCUCCCUUCCUGAGCUGACUCCAUGUUUGUAUUUGGGUUUGUGUGCAGGGGUGACACACUUGCAUCCACCUCAACAGACCUAUUGUUGGGGGGGACUGUAGAAAUGCUGACGCCUGGAAAACUGUUGAGGAAAUGCUGACAAGGAAAAAUGGCCACUUUACAUUUUAACAUCUACAUCUAGUAAGAAAGUCUUUUUGUAUUUGCUGUUAGUGUAAAACUUUCUAGAGAUGUGUGUCAGUAUCAGCCCUGAAAAAACAAUAUUGGUUGACCCCUGAUCUCUAGCUUGUUGGUAGAUGGGAACACGAAGUGUCCUAAAAUCUCAUGGGUGGACCAACACUGGCACCACAUAUCGUUACGGACUGCUGAAACUCCUCACCGGACUUUAAACAUCUUGGGUUCAAGAGUGAAUGCACCUGUUGUAGUCCCGCCACUGAGGACAUCUGUGUGUGGUGGUUCUUGAUGUGCUGACUUGGCCUCAGUCCGCUCUUUGUAGAGAUUUCCAACAUCUGACGGUAAAAUUUACUUGUUCAUAUUAUUCCUGUAUGAUGAGAUGCACCUGUUUGUGUCUUGAACAGGCUUUGCAGUCCUCAGGUGACAUCUCCACCCCUGUCCCUACCUCCCAUCUGUGAUUGACAGUGAGCUGUAGCUGCUCAGUGAGAAGUCUUGCAGCUCUUGACCUUGUAUGAAUAAAAACGGCUACUUUAAGUCCGCUGUGUCCAUGACUCACAGCUCCAAGCAGGUCUGCUACAAAAAAGACAAUAAGGAGCUCCUAAUCCACCUGUUGUCAGGGUCAGCCUCACCCCGUCUCAUACUCACACAGGUACAGGGCUCUGGCUCAGGAAUGCAGCCUUACCCACCCUUUCACAGCUUAACUGAUGGACCCUCACAAAAACCCUGUUGAUGGUUUUUGCCAUUUCUGUCAUACCACACUGGGGCAGGUUUGUACAGUGGUUGUCUAAGGGUUUCCUGUUGGUUUAGUUGAGGGGUCAUACAUGAUGGUCAGGUAAUUUCUUAAAAAAUUGAAUUUUGGACAUUUUUUUUGUUCACAGGGAAAGUUUGUAUUUUCUACAGGUAGUGAGUUUUGUGUCUUUUUUUUAAGAUACCGGUAAGACCGCUGUCUUGUCUUUGCCCUGUGAGUCCAUCAGACAGCAGCAUUGUCUUAAUUAGGCAGGCUGGUCAGGGGUCUCUGUCUCCUUGUCUCCUCGCUUCACAGAUUCACAUGGACAAUUUAACCACUAACCUCCUGAAAUGAGUUGCCCCUGAAUGCCUCGGGCUCCAGUUUCAGCUUCCACUGAUUGCAGGGAUCAAUGAUAAGUAAAAGUGGAGGAGGGGUUGAUGGAGGUGAGGUUCUGCUCAUUAACUCAGGUGACCUCAAAUGCAUGGCUACCCAUAUUGUGGGUUGGAUUGAGGCUGAUGUCCAUUUGCAUGUGCUGCUUAAACGUCACUCAAGUUGAGAGGUUGCAUGCAUUUUAACCAAACACAGCACGCAUGCAAAAUUAUAUCCAUUUUCUGUGCCAUAAAGUGCAGGCGCUGCACACAGACAGGUGCAGUUGAGUUGAUUUUGCUUAUCCUGAUCUUUGUUGAAAGUCCUGUUUGGCUCUUUCUGGUGUUGUCGGGAUGGUGAACAUGUUCUUGCAGAUAAUCAGGUUAAAGAAUAGGUUCAUUUUGGUGCAGGAGGAAUUCAAUUACAAUCCCAAGGUGUGGCAUAAAAGUGCUCUCGUUCAAACUUACUAAACGCUGGUAUAAACUGCUCAGGGCUAUCUGUCAUUCUCCCCACGAUCAGCAGCAAGCAUGCAGAGAUGGAAACACCUCUUUUGGAGCUAUCACUAAAAGUCAUUUAUCUUUGAUUGCGCUGCAGGUUAACGUUGAUGCAUCAUUUCCUAGCAGCAUACCUGCGGUUGGUUGGGUUUCCUCGGCUGCCCGGCCUACAACCGACAUGAAAGCCUGAGCUGUUACCUCUGCCUCUGGGACAACGGCUGUUGAUCACAAGAGGAGAGAAAAGCCUGAAUCUCUCUGUGUUUACUGUAAUUAAGCUGUCAGGGGCUGUGAUUUAUGACGUAUUGAGUCAGAGAGGUGUUAUCAUGUUGACUAGAAGCAGGAUGACACUGGAAGAGAGUGAGAGAGAGAGAAGGGAGGGAGAAAGAGCCAGAGGGUUUGUAGCUACUAACAAUAGAGAAAGUACAGACAGUGGAUUAACGCAACUGUCUGAUUUGGAGGAAUAAUGCUUAAAGGCAAACUGGAGCUGCUGUAUUAGAGUCUGUGCUCACCAAAACAAAGAGGUGAUCCCAUUUAAGGCCUUGUCUUAACUUUUUAUGUUCCUGUAAUCCUCCAAUAGAGUCCAACCAACCUGUUUUGACUGACGCAGGCCAUAAACCGGCUUUUAAAUGUUGGGGUGUUCACUGAAGAUCUGCAUAUGUGAGCUUCACUGUUUUUGCAGCUCCUCAAACUCCUCUCUGAGUUAACUUUUUCUGUUUGUUUCAGUUGGAUCUCACACACGAGUUUGCAUAUUCUUUGCAUUCACGCAUUGAUCUCAUGAAGCGGGGAUGUCUAGUCCUGCUCCGACCCCUGUCUACACCCUGAGGGGUGCCGGUGGGCCCCUCAAUACCCUUCACUUUAGCUGCCAUGAUGCGGACACUCCCCUCCUGUAUUCUGGGUGAGUCAUUUAUCAGGAUGGUCAUAUUUUGACUCUUUGUUUUCAUAUUGACAUGUUGAGAUUCUUUCCCUAUUUUUUUUUACACCCGUACAAACUAGAACUUUUUCUUCUUUUUGAAAUGAAAAGAACAAAGUCAAGUUUUAUCUGUUUUGAUCAUAAUUAUUUUCUAGUAUUGGAAAGAAAGCAUGCCCUAAGUUAUGUUAAUUUAUGCCAAGUUAUGCCAAUCAGAGCGGACUUCAGAAUUUUUAAAUGGGUACAGAAGCUGGAUUUGCAAAAGCAGAUUAGAUGAUAUUUUUAUUUUUUUAUUACAUUAAACAGAAGCAAAUUUAACUUGUUUUUCUUUCCUAAAGCUCCUGUGAGGAACUUUUUGUUUGUGUUAAUUAUUGUGCCCCAUGUGGACACCGAAACUGUGCCAAAUUAGUGUCAUCUGACAGAAAAUCUCCUCCUGCUGACUAUCAUUUUGAAUAUUUAAUGUAAAAACAGUGCUGUUUCUUCAUCUGCUAGGUUGACACAUACCCACUUUUACAAAUAUGACAAUAUUAAAACCAUCAGUCUUGUCGCUGACGCCUUUUGUGCAUUACUAAAAGGCAUCAGUAUGAAUUUUAGUCAGUUUUCUAAAUCUCAUAAAACUCUUUACUAGAGCUUGAGGUAUGGAUUAAAUUUGUGUGCUGUUGUGUAUUCACUGUCUUGUUGGGUUCUGCAGAUCAGGGAAAGGCUUGAUCCACGUCUGGAACCUAAACACCAGAAGAGCCAAGAAGAUUGUCAAGGGACAUUCUGGUAACUCGAUCAUCUGGGUGAGCACACUGCAAUCGACUGAUGCCCUUAUCAGGUGAGGAUGACAGUGAAGAAAGACCUGUGAGGCUGGAAUAAUUAACUAGGGACAUUCUUCUGAUACACGUGUUGAAAUAAAAAUCAUCAAAAUGUCCAAAUAAUUCCAGCUCUGAUUGUUUUUUCCUCUUUCUCUCGGUGGAGCAGUCAGGGCCGGGACAUGCUGGUCUGUCUGUGGGAUCUGAGCGAAGGUCGCAGUGAGAUGGUGGACUCUGUGUGGACCGGCAGUGUUGGAUUCUGUCAGUGCUCCAUGCUGGAGAUGAGCCCUGGAAACCACCUGCUCGCCUUUCCUGGAGAACAAACAGAGGAGGUGAGACAUCAUGGGUGGAAACUCCAAACUGUCUGUGGAUAAGAGUGUGACCGUGUCCACGUGCCUCUUUAUAACUUUCUGAGCAAUCCAUUUUUACUUCGCUUCCUACCAAGUGCAUGCUGGGAAAAGCUCAAUUCUGACACAAUCCCAAAGUGCAUAGAUUUAAAGCUUUAACAUAUCUAAAAAUGACAGUACACGUUCAUUCACAUUUGUUCAGUAAGAGGAAAAAUCGUUGAAUUUGACAGAGGGGAGGUGGGAUGGUUAAACUUUUAAACUGCCGACUGGAGUAUAAAUAUGCCAGCCUGUAAGAACCUGACCAGACUUGCUGUUGACAUUUUGCAUGAUACACACGAAACUCUCAAACAUAUUUGUGGCUUUUAGUUCUGUUUUUCGGGUUAGGAGAAAAUUAGAAGUCCCACAGUGAUCAAAUUCCUAUCAUCUUUUCGUAAUAACACACUCUGAUCUGUUUCACUGUUGUCUCAUCCAUUAAAUGAAAUCACUUCAAUUCACCCGAACAGACGAGCCGAUAUUUUUAGCGGUUCAGGAAUGUGUCACGAGUCAAUGCGACAUGUGAGCACACUGUUUGCAGCCAGGAAAUGAUACACUCGACUCUAAUCAGCAUCAUUAACAAACCAGCCGUCAUAUCAUGACUCAGCAUGCACAUUGCAGGAUUAGUAACUCCAUACAAACCACCAGCUUAACUUGGGUUAAUUUGACACCGGCUAUUAUUAAAGAUGAGAACAUUAAAGAUUUAUGAUAGUGAUUCUAAUAAACUAAGACUGAGGAAGAGUCACUUCUGCUGCAGACUUAAAGUGUCGCUGAUUUCUCUGGAAACUGGUGUUAAUUGAAAUAAAUCUCCUCCUGUUGUUUUUGCAUAGACAGGUUAGUAACUUACUGUGAAUAUUUGCAAAACAGACAAUACUGGAUAGGUGGGAUCAUCUGGUCCUCAGGUCGCACAGAUCUGACUCUGUAGUGGAAAUCACAGCAUUGGCUCAAAAUAACUUCUAACAUGCAGCUCAUCACUGCAUCCACAUUACUAGUCAAAACUGUACCAUGUAAUAUGAAAAUCUUGCCACGUCUUUGGGCCUGAAACCAUUUAAGAUGGAUGAGGUGAAAUGGGAGACUGUCCUGUGGUCUGAUAAUACCUGAUAUUACUUAUUUUUUUAAAUAUAGAUGCUCCUGUGCUCCGAGGAGAGGAAGGACCACUCAGCUUGUUAUUAAUACACAGUUCAAGGGUCAUAAUCUGUGAUGGUAUGAGGAUGUGUGAGCAUUCGUGGUAUUAUUUUGUUUGUUUGUUUAUUUGGAUCCCUUUUAGCCUAGUUGGGUUAUUCUUCCAAGAGUCCAUAUCAUAAAAAACAUUACAAAAUACAAUACAAACACAAUACAUUAUAACAGAAACACAAUACAAACCAAAAAAACAUACACACAACACACAAAUGGCAUUACUGUCAAUCACUGUCACGCAGUUACAAUAAAAAAAAUUUCAAGCUCUGUUGAAGCUGGUGGCUCAUAUAUUUGGGGAAGCGCAAUUAAUGCUGCUACUCAGACAAUGGAUUUUUCAAAGUAGACAUUUUAUUUAAUAGAGAGCUAAUGCCAAAUCACAUCAUGCAUGUAUCACAACAGUAUGACUCAGUAGUAGAAGAGUCUGGGUGCUAAACUGGCUCACCUGCAGUGCAGACUUGGUGCAUCAUAAAAUGGAAAACACAGCAAGAGACUGAAAGCUGAUGAGCAGAAAUCCCACUUCAGAAAAUCCUUUAUAUCCUUAGUUGGUAGGGUGUUUUUAAAAGAAGAGGUGAUACCAGCAGUGUUCUGACUUAAUUGGAUUUGAGGUUGUCCACCUUUGACCAUUUUUUUUGUGUGCAGUAAACAAUUGGUUUGGAUGUGAUAUUCAGACAGUGUUGAAUGCAUUUUAGACUAUGUAGCAUAACAUGGCCAUUGUACAGAAGCCACAAGAUACAAAACCCAAACACAGUUUGAAACAAUCACUGAUUGAGAGCCUACGCACCAUAUAAGUUCUCAGUUAAUUCUGCAGAGUGUGUCUUGUAGUUGAUGAACUCAUGCCCAACACACACAAGCCUGCAGUUUUUUUGAGGGAGGAUGAGGAGAGGGCAGCCAGCGAUUCAGCCAUCUUUUAUUGCCUCCAGAUUCAUGUUACUUGUUUCCCUGCAGAGGAGCCACACUUGAAAGGGACAGAGCGGUCACCUGAUCCAGCUAAACGUGCCUCUGCUAACCUCUGUCCAGCAGGCCAGGCAUCAGGGCGCCUGUGACUCCCAGCACCUCAAUAAUGCCAUUGUCCAUGCUGACACAGACACACACACAGACACACACACACCCAUACAAGUCAGACCAAAACAGGCCGGGGUUGAUUUUGUCAUUCAGUCUCCUCAUUUCAUUCCUCAGACAUAACCGGCCAAGACAGAUGCUUAUCACGUGUGUGUGCACAUAAAACACGUUAACCAGUCCCUUUAAGAAACAACGUGCACAAUGACAUGAUUAAAGCAGGUAGGUCAAUAUUUAGGAAUGCAACCAAGACCACAGAAUUAGUUCCCGCCAUGACUAAUUCAGAUGGUUUUAGUGUUUACUGUUCACAGUGAGAUCUUUGCCAGCAGAUUUCUUCCAAGGUAGAAACAUUAAUUAAUAGUGUGGUUGUUUUUUCAUAGGCAGAAUGAUGCCACACAAGAACAGCGAUCACCUGAGGCGCAGGGAAGUCCUUAAAGGCCCUCUUUGUCAGGCACGCAGACGUAAACAUCCAGGACAAAUGUGGCCCAGCGCUAAAAUACAGAUCACUCCCUUAAAGCGCUUUUAAGGCCUAAUGAGGAUGAAUAUGUGGAUCAUCAGCACUGAGGAAGUGGAAGGAAUGACUUUUAGUAGUGAUGCGGGGUGAGCACUUUAUCACUGGCUCCAUUAGGCUGUGUAUUUUAUCCGAAUCAGUGCCAAUGUGUGCAGGAAAACACCACUCACGUCGCAGGGUCUGGCUUUAGCAGGAUUUAUUAUAGACAGUGGGACGGCUGCUCCGCGCUGAUGGAUGGUACUGUACCGCUGGUUAGAGGCGCCCUGAUCUGCGGAGGUCCCGAACCACAAUGACAGAUUCAGGUUGCUGCUUUGUUAUUUAAAUCCAGAAGACAAAGAAACCAUGAUAGGGCAAACAAAUGUGUGAACAACAUCUUUUGUGUGCAGCUGUAAGUGGGUCACAGUGUGGAGCGUCAUAGAAACUGUAGAAUAAAAACUCAACACAGAAACAUCCACAUAAUAAAAUAAAAAAGUGUCCUCAUGUUUAAGGUCGGGAAAGUACAGAGUGCACUAAAGGACUUGUGCGUCGUUCACUACAGACGAUUGCACUGCAUUGCAUUGUCGCUGUACAGUUGUGUCACAGGGUCAUGUCAUUUUUCUACUACUUGUAUUGUCGGUGUGUAAAUCAAAAGCCAGAUAACUGGUCAGAUCCUGUAUGCUGACCUUGAUCCUUGUGAUGUAUGAAAGGAGAGAGGGUUAGCACUCCCCCUGACAAUGAUGGAAAUGGCCCUGGUGGCCUUCAACACACAUACGGUUAAGGCAUUGCCACCUACUCGACAUUUCUAACCAUGUUAUUUUAUUUUACUAUUUUGUUUUGUAUUUAGUGUACAUACUUGUACAUUAUCGCUUUAUUUUUUACUUAUUUUUUUCUUACUUUAUAUAUUUAUCUCCUCUUCUUUAUUUGCUCUUGAGUUUCUGUAACAAAAAGCUCUUACCCCCUGGGGAUUAUUAAAGUAUUUCUGAUUCUGAUUCUGAAUCUGAUAAUCCACUAAGGCAGGUAACUGGUCCAGUCCUACUUCUGUGUCUCUGGUUUUGCACCAAAACUAACCUCUGGUAUGUUUGAGACCGCAAUAAUCCAUAUCAGAUUAUGAGUCUAUACACGGCUGACAAAAGUGUUACCUACAAUGCAACUUGGCCAAUAAAUGAUCUUUGAAAGAUUCGGGCAUGCUUCUACUUAUGUCACCACAUGUGUAAAUAAACUUCUGUUGAGGUUUUAGAUAUAGAAACUGAUUUUUAUUGCAUAUUGAAUUUUAGCUUGCUGAUGUGAUACAGGUAAUGUACUCGCACCUGUACAGAAUAAGGAGGUUUAAUGGGCAAUAAUUAAGAUUUCCUUGUCAUGUGUCCUCUGUAGAUCAAGAUCAUCCAGCUGCCCAGUAAGACUCCAGUCUGCACCCUGGUACCAGACGCCAAAGUGGGGAUGGUGAUGUGUAUGAAGCUCUGGCAGGUAAGCACCACUUAGAACUCUCUGAUACCUUUUAAACCGAAACCACUUUAACUUAACCUUAAAUAAGUUGCACUGUGUCCUUGUGUUGCUAUGCAACUCCAAGUUCACCCAGUUCACCUUGGCAGCCAUUAUCACCCUCCCCUGAUUUCGCUUUUUUCAAAUGGUACCGCGUCAAUUCUUACCUGCUUUAUCCUGAUUGGCCAGCAGCCCAUACUUAAGCGGAAUAAUAGAAAAGUCAACAAAAAAUGCACAUGAGAGAUGUGGCAUAUGAUUUACAGCCCAACAACUCGUCCUGGGCCCUUUUUUCCGAGCAUUUCUUCUCAGCUGGCAGCGAGUUCCGACACUGUAAUUAGAGCGUUUGGAAGGGCCGGGGGUUCACAGCAAUAUAUCAGCCUGCAGCUGUACAUCCAAUCUGAUCCCAGCGAAAAAAAAACGUCGCUCUCUGUUGUGUAAAUGCUGUCGAAGGUUUUAUUUUUUUUCCCCGGCCAUUAACGAGACCCUGUAAUUAUUUUUAUGGCUAAUUAUUAACUCUUUGGGUUUCAGGCUCUUGGGGGGAGUGAGGUUUCAGACUAAUGCAAGACUCUGAACAGUUUGAGUAAAUAUUAUGUGCCGUACAGUUUACAGGCAACAGAAAGCAAAACGAAGCCUCUAAUUUUAAAGCCGGAGUGAAACAGGGUUGCUGCUUCUACUCCCUCAGUCCUGUAUUCCUGUAACUCUAGUGAGAAAUUCUUGAAUAAGGUUACAGCAAAGGUUGUAGAGGUGUGUGUAUAAUUAUUCCAGCGACAUGCAGAGAGGCUGUAGGAGCACGCUGACGUGUUUGUGUUUUUCCCUCUCUCUCUUUGAUUUCCCUCUUACACCCACCUUUCAUCAUCUGAUUUAUGAAGCAGCGCUGCUUGAGCGUUGAGUGCCAGGAAACAUAAUGAUCAAUUAUAUCAUUAUAAAUUAUACAAUAUCAUUGUAAUACAGCACAGGCAGCUGUCUGACUUCAAAGCUGAAAGGCCCAGGUGAUCCUAAAUCAUUUUCAGGCCGGUUUCUUUCAAGACCGAGGCGGCGCGUUCAUCUGUUACACUGACUGAGUGACUCGAGAGGACAGAGCAGUGGGAAUAGACGUAAUACCCCCGUGUGGAAGUGUGUGUGUCUUUUAUAAACACACACACACGCACACACACAUGCAGGUUAGAAACUCUCCCUUUACAUAUUGUCCGUCAGCCACAAGUAAAAAAAAAAUGCUCAUGCUGACUUUUACAUCAAAUGCUCAUCUGGUACCUGCUGUUUCCUUAACCUCACACAGCAGGAGGCUCCAGCUGUAACCAUCCUCCUCUUUCUCCACCCUGUCUCCCUCCAUCACGCACACAUCAUGCAGAAGAAGAAGCCACUGACAACACUCUUCUCUUUGUCCUCCCUCUUUUCUUUACUGUAAGAGACAAGAAGUGAUUAUCCUCCAUUAUUUCCACGACAGACUCACCAACAGAUUUAUAGUCGGCCUUUAAGCCCUUUAGAUUAAACACAGUGCUAAACUGCACUUUCUUCUCACUUCAACACAAUCCCACCCAGACCUCAGAUCAUGUGUUUUACUGAGUGUGAGAGGUGACACAGCCACCAUCUCAUGACUCUGGAUCUGAUUGGCUGUGAAGCAGUGAACAAUAGAGUGGACACGGAGGGAGUGAGCGCCUCCACACGUGGGUUUUACGUGUGUGAGGAUGCAGGUCUCGGCUGUGGGGGCAGUAUUGAUGUAUGAUGUGCUAGGCUUUUAAUGUGAACAGAGGCUGGCGGGGAAGAGGAAAUGUUCCUAUACAGAUAUCCAUCACUCUCAGCUCAUCACCUUACUGCCUCGUGGCCAUGACAUCAUGGUGGAGCGGGACAAAAAGCGGAGGAAGCGAUUGGUUCCUGAUGUUGAGGCUGUGGCGGCCACAUCAGCAAACAAGCCGCUGGUCUCUGGGUAGUUUGUGAGUUUGAAAGAUUCACCACAGGAGGAAAUGACAUGGAAGUGUUUGUAAAGUAUAUUAAAGAUUCAGGAUGUCACUCAACAUUUCUCCUUUAAUUACAAAUGGACUUUAUUACUUUAAUGUGACAGGGAGAGUGCUUACUCGUCAAACCAAAAAAGAAGAUUAAACAGAAGUUAAAAACAGGCUGAAACUGACAGGGAUGCUUUCUUUUGACCUUUAAACGCAAACAAGAUCAUCACGACGAGUCAGAACAUCAUUUGGUUGUAAUUCUAAAACCACUGUGAGGUGAUAGAGGCAUCACUUUGGCCACAAGGGGCGCCCAAUCUGGUUUAAUCCAAAAGUUCCUCACAGCAGCUUUAAUGUUCCUGCUAAUAGAAGUGAGGAAGACGUAAUUUUACAAAGUUAGGUUUACAGGAAACAAUAAUCAUGUCUUCAGUUGAUUCGUGAAAAUUUAACUUUAACAACCUUUAACCAGAUAAUCUUAGGCGCCAACACCAGGAGGGCCCGAACCCGAGGCUGGAAACCAACACUCUAAAUUCAUGUAGGGUUACUGCAGCAGUAUUGGACUACAUACACAAACCACCGGCCUAUGAUUGUUUCUGAAUGUAUUCAGGGGCACAUGUGCACAUAAAAAAAUCAGCCGAAGCAACAGAUGUCUUUCUUUGUAAAUACCGUGGUGAAGUUGGCUUUAAGUUGGAUAUUUGACGGACAUCCACUGCAAAUCUACCGAUCUAACCAGGAAUAGCAACAGCAGCACGGUGUCAACGUUGGGUGUUGAAUAAGGGACAAUCAAUAAAUUACCAGUUCUCAAAGAAGGCUGUUUUCCUUCAAUAGCUGUCAUGUCAUGUGACUAAAAGACCUAAAAUUGAUUUCAAAUAAUAAUACUUAUGUAGACCAAUAAGACAAACAUUAUUUGAUCAAUUUUCUUUGUGCCCCUAAAGUUCUUUGUGUGCUCCAUACUUUUUCAACUUAGGAGCACAUGUGCCCUUUGCGAAAAAAGUUAGUGUCAAGCCCUGUGUUGGUAGUAGAUCCUCUAACUCCUGUAGGUUGUGUCUCCAUGGAUCAGACUUGGCUGUUCAGCAUGUCCUGCAGUUUGGAGUCUAAGUCAACUCGUCUUACUUCUUCCAAUCGCUCUGGGGUCCAGUUUUUAUGCUCACAUGUCCAUUGAAGAUCCUGCAGAGGUGGACAGGUCCUGAAGUUCUUACCAAUGUUAAGGCUGCGUUUGAUCUAAUGGACCAAGGACCAAUCUGAACACUGAGUUCAGUAAUGAAAAAAAGCCAAAGGGUUCUUUAACCAUGAACAGGCUCAGGCCCAACUUGUUGCCCUUUUGCAGAAGCUCCAGUCUGCUCUGGUGGUUCAUCUUCAACCAGCUUCCAUCCAUCUGUCUCUCCAGCUGUUCUCUGGUGAUGAAUCUGCUCCCUGAGCCCCAGCCCCACUCCAGCAGAGAGCCCUCUUGUAGAAAGGCCUGCGGAGGAUAUAAUGAAUUAGGUGUCUACCCAGGGUUCCUCGACCUCUGACCCAUGACAUCAUCAAUCAAGGAGGUACUACACUUAAGUGAAGCGGUGGGCCCCAAGCUUGGGACGCUUAGCCCUGCCCCUGCCGGCCAGCGAGGGCCAGUGAUUUUCACUUGUUUUUAUUUGUUUUCAUAAUGCCUCAGUGUUCGUCGUCCUGGCUGAUGUGUUUGGAAGGAAUACACGACUCUGUCUAUAAUUUGUUUAAAGCUGGGAGAAGAGAAAUAUCGAGCGUUAAGUGAGAAGAGGGCUUGAAGAUGGAUGAAAAUAUGGCAGGCGAGGCCCCUUUGCACAUAUGGAAAAAAUUUCUCUCCCUUUUUUGCUUCUGCAGGGCACCGAGCUUUAGCUGAGGGCCUGCUGGUAUUUUAAAGCUAAAACCACGAGUCAGCACUAAUAGUAUGUGAGCUCAAGUCUUUUGAAAUGUUGGACAGUGAGUGUUGUGUGGAUUUAAUAUUUGGAUGUAAAGGUGUACUUCAUUGACAUACGUAGCAGAGUUGUGAGAUUCAGGAGAGUCUGGUUGUGUACAGAUGUGACCAGUUGACCCUUCGUCUCCUCUGUGUCCCCUUUCACUGUACACUUCCUCACACACACACUAGGGUAGAACAAACCAGUUAUUAAUGGGAGCUUAUCACUGACCCCAUCCUGAUGAGAGGAACAACUGCGUCACUUUUCUUUUUAUACCUGUUAACUAUAAUUUGUGCGUGGUACAGUCUGUCCUCUAUGUGUUUAACAGACUGAUCUAGUUUUCGCGUCUGAUGCCUGCUCGGUUUCAUCUCAUUUGAUCUGGAAGAUUUACUCUGAUGGUUUCACCAGUCGUAAACAUCUCAGCUGGAUCCAAAACACCCCGGGGUGAAAUGAGGAGAAAGCAGAUCUAUUCUUUUUCUAUUAUUUGCUCUGGUGUGAAAGCAGAUCUGCUUCAGUGCCUUUUGAUUUGGAGUGAUUGGACAAUUACUGGCUGGUUCGGUGACAUAAAUUUUGCAGAUUUAUGAAUUCUUUUUAUCAGGGAUUCCCAAACGGUGCAGCCCAACCCCCCCAAAAAAACAAACACUUCCAAAGAAUGCUGACACCCACUGUCCCUCCAGGCGGUUAGAUGAUGCUCACUGAGGAGUGUGAGCACAAACAGGCCAAUCCAAAAAUGAACGUAAGAACAACAGGAAGGACCAUAACAGCAAAACAACGAAAACAUUUUAUAACUAUUUCAAAAGAGACCAGGGGGGUGUUUAAUAAGGAGAUGCACAGGUAAAUCUUUUUGCCUCUGCUAUUGCUGUAUGUCCUGUGCAGAGACAAACCCACUAAUCAUCAAUCUUAAACAGUCACUGGUUAGCAUUUCAUUUAAAUCCCAUUGUGAUCUACAGAAUAAGGCAGUUUAGUGUUACGUGUGACAUAAAUAUCAUCUGUUAUCUGUGAUUUAUAUCCUCUAUAUUUUUCUUGUUAAAAAUUAAUCAGAUGUUACUGGCUAAAAUAAUCAUGCAUAUUUGAGUUUGAUGUGCAUUUAAUAAUGGAUUAAUUAAUGACUUUCUUUUUUUAUUUAAUCUAGCCCAAUAAUUUACCCUGUUUUUUAAAAUAAGGUUUAGGGUUUUCUAUUAAUUUUUAACAGCUGGACAGAAAUUAGAAAGUCUGUUGUUUAAAUAUUUUACUGAGCAAAAUGUUUCUCUUUUGUUUUGCUUUGAUAAAGGAAAAAAAAGAAUAAAAAUCAACAAGUGGUAUUGCCCAGCCCCUCUUUAUCUGUCAGCUGUGAUUUUGUAAGAUACAGUCCAGGAAAUUGGGACUUGAAUUUUAGGAAAUUUUGUCAUCCCAAUUAAUCAAAGAAAUAUUGAAAAAAUAAAUUAAAAUUGGCUUGAAUAUGUUUUUUAAUUUUGCAGCCAUGGUGUUUUACAUCAAUAAGUUUUUAAAAAAGCUGUGAUUGGCUUACUUGGGAAAACAAUAUUAAGAAGUCUUGGGACUUAAAAUAAAUUUCAAAGCAGAAAAAGCUCUGAAAUAAUCAUCCUAUAAAUAGAUCAGCAAACUGUGACAGAGCUAAAUGAAAAGCUAAAUUGUAAAAGAUAAUUUAUACUUAUGUCCAUACAAGUCAAGUGAUUCACUUUUAUAGCCAUCUUGGUUGGCUUGAACGGCUUAGGGUUGCAAAUAGAAUAACACAGAUUAUAUUAGAUUAAUAUAAAUGUAAAUAAGCAUAGAAGACAACAAAAUAAAAGUGGGCUAAAUAAAUCAAAUUAAAUAAACCAAAUAUUUAAGUUUGCUCAUUAAUUACGUUGAUUAGAUGACCUAUAUAAAAGGCUUCACAGCUUUUUAGCCUGUUACUUCACUGUAAGUUGUCGCGCCUGCAGCCGAGUCUGAGGCUCAGUAAUACAGAUGAGGAGCAAAGUGAGGAGUGGUGUAAUGGAGCGCUGUAAAGAGAGAGCAGCCGGCUGACGAAUGGAGCCCACAGCCUCUUUCCGAGUGUCAGCGGGAGCUUCCAGGAUGAUAACCUCUGCUCUGCUCAGCUUCCAGCACCACACCGCAGUUUCUCCUGUGGUUUGAACUACACAGUGUUCUUACCUCACCCUUUAUGUCCUCUCUUCCCAUCCCUCCUCCUCCUCCUCUCUCUUAUCGUCCCUCUCAUUUCCAGCCAGACUCGGGGCUCGGACCUCUCCUGGUGGCUGGAUACGAGGACGGUUCCCUGCUGCUGUGGGAUGUAACCCAGAGGUCCGUACUGAGUCAAGCCAAAGCCCACCCUGAGCCUGUCAUGUGUCUGACCUUUGACCUGAAGCGACUGAGGGGCAUAUCAGGCUCCUCUGAGAAGAACCUCUCCUCCUGGGUGCUGGACGGACAGAACAACCUGCAGGUUAGCGAAGCACAGGCGCGGAGAGGGUGGUGUCUGCAGCGCUGUGUAGUUUUGUGGUGUCCAAAACAUUCAGUCUGAAAACCCCAACGGAUGAUUAUUUGUCUCUUUACAUCAACAUCCUCAUCAAGCACAGUUUAUUUUCUUUGAAGCUGAUUUAUUUCAAGCUGCCUAAUAAAUACAACCAAUGUGCAAGAGAGGGAAGGGACGCCCGUUCAGAGGGGGAAGCAGAGUUAGAAGAGCCGGGAUAACUUUGAUGCUAAUUUUUCAUCGGUUGUCCAGUAAUUUAUUUCUUACUUUUAUAUCAUUUCGACAUCCAUAAUUUAAGAUUUUUUAGUGCUGCACUGUCCGUGUAAUUGCAACUGAGUUUGUGUUGGAAGAAUUUGCAAUUAUAAAGCAGAAAACUUCAAAAAUAAAUGUGCGCAUAGUCAUUUACAUAGUAAAAAAGGAUGCAGUGUCAGCUACAUGGUAAUGUGUUAGAUUCAGGUAAGAAGUGCUGCGCAAAACUUGCAAAAUUUAAGCCACAUUUUUUAGCAAGCGGAUCAGUGUUACAAGGCCAGUUAGCAGACGCUUUUAUCCAAGUGAAGUACAUUUGAGAACGAGAACAAAACAAGCAAAGAUCUAGAGAAGAGGAAACAAGAUCAGUAAGAGCCGCAAAGUGCUCCGAGUCCAUGUGGAUGCAGGUACAACCAAACGGUGUUUCAGGCAAUGCACAAAGUGUGUAAAGGGAUCAAGUUGUGUCAACACCCGAGAAGUACCACUGCGUCAGAGUGGAAGAAUUUCGCUUAAACUGUCUUUGCAAAAACAUCUUUUUUGAACAAUAAUUUAAAACUGAAACCCUAAAAAUGCCACAUUUCCUUUCACUGUGGAGAUAUGAUUUAAUUUAAGUAAGAGAAAAACUGUUGAAUUAUUUUUAAAACACUUCAGUUCAAAAUAUAUUUACUUAACAUUUGCAUAUUCAAAUCUAGACAUAAAUAUUCAAAACUCUCAUCACUCCUUGGUUACCAAUCAAUAGACUCAUCACUACAUUAGCAGAAGAUGGCAGUAGGUGCUGUUGGAAAGUACUUGCAUGUAUGCAUUGGUACCUGCAGAGGCACGUCACUGAUUAUACGAUGUGGUUGGAGAAGUAUUAUGACUUUUUUUGUGGACUGCAGAAGAGUCCCAGACUUAACCUGCCCGCUGACGAACUGUAGCACAACAGAGUCGCUAAAAGUCGUUAAAUACAAUAAAACGGUAAUGGUGGGGAUGGAAGGAGAGAAGUGUUGGCUUUCUCCAGACUCUCUCAGAAAACAUCAGGGGCCAAAGAGGAAGAGGCUCAGCGGGGCUCCUGGGGCCAUAAAUCAGCUGCUGGUUACACAGCGUUGGCAGGGCCAGGGGCCAAGGGCUGGUCUGGGGCUGUCACUCCAGACUGAAAACCACCCACAGACAAACACUGACUCAUAGUCACACAUUAGGGCCUGGACAACAAACUGUAGAUAGCUCUGAAUUUACAAAAAUAAGUAAGGACUUGAGGAUGUGGUUUGACUUAUAGACUAAUAAAUAGGAGAAUGAAUGAAUGAAUUUAUUAUUUACAACUUUAACAAUGUUUUUAUGAUCUGCUCUACUCCUCCUGAGAUGUUAACAGACCCUGAAAACACCGUGCACACACAGAUGAACACUAGUUUAUCCAUUUUAACUCACACCAGAGUUUCUCCAGCCCCUAAAAAAGAUCACAUCAGCCUCACGGCAUAAUUCAUUUUACAUAACAGCCAAUACAUCAGAGACUUACCGCCUCAUUUAAAGUCCUAUUUUCCCUAGAUUUCAUGAGCUAAAGGGAAUGCACACAUUUUGGAGCAAACCCUCAUGAAUCAGAGCAGAAAGGAACGUAAGGCAGAUAUAGUACACUGCUGCUCACUCAAGGGGUAUUAUUCUUUCCGAGGCUCUUUACAAAUGAAUGCUUGAAUUGGAAAUAUUUGCAACCCCCUUUUUUUUUCUCCCUAAAAAUGCGUCUACAACAACACCAGCAAGGAUUUGUUUCAAUACACCAAAAACAGGAAAGAGUGAAUAUUGGGUUUAUUUUUCUCAAGCUACAAAAUAUUGAUUCAGCGUGUAAUCCAGGAUGAGCAUGACAGGAAAAAAGCACAAGGAGAUGGAAAAGAUCCAACGGGGGCUUUUAAAUUAUCCCGAAGUGCAGCUCAGUGUGACGUCCAGACAGCUAUCCUCAGUUCUUCCCACAAAAGUAUUUUUGUGUGGCAGCAGUUAGGAGGCGGGAGGACCUGCAGGGUGGCAGACCCGGGCUCGGGGUCCUGACGGACGACCCGUGAGAGGUAAUAAAAAUAUCAAAACCUCGGAGGCCCCUUAGCCAAACAAAAAACACAUCUGCAGUAAAGGGAACAGUAGUUCACAGUGGGAGGCUGCAAUAAAGGCUGAGGAGGCUAUAAGUGCCACAGCAUCCCACUUCCCACAAAUUACCUCUGCGAUAGAGUCCAGUGUUGUGGAACCGGCUGGCAAGGAAGAUAGAUGUGUUUUGUGAAAUGCAGGGGAAACUGAAUGUGACACAACACAGCGCAGUUAUGAUUUAGUGAAGCUGAAAGGCUGUGAAGUGAGCUUAUCAAGGCCAGAUAAAGACAGAUAGCCUCAGGAAUGAAGGUUAAUGUCUUACACAUGGCUCCCAGAGGCCUUUAUCUGCUGUUUGACCUGGCUGGCCUGAUACAUUUUCAUAGCAGAGAGGCAUCAUCUACGGCCUGUUUUUUCCUCCUUUUCCUGCUAGCGUACAUUUUCAGGAAUGUGUCAGGGUGAGACCGUGAGGGCGUGGGUGUUGGGGUUUACAAGCUGUUAAGCCAGAUGGACAUAUAUUUAGGCGGCCACUCAAAUGUAUUGACAAGUGCAGUGACGGGUUCCUCCAGGACGAAGACGGUGGUAGAAGUCGCCGACUGAAAAAAGAGAAAACAGGUAAAGACAGAAGAAGAUUAGCAGUGUAAAUCAAGCGUGGCUGACAGCGAGUUAUUCCUGAGACUGAUGACAGUUUCUACAGGUGGAGUUCCUGCGCCUCAUCUCCACCACCAUGUAUCCGCACCAUCACCUGCGUGAUGUCUUCAGUGAACUCUGGCACUCAUCAGCCGAUCCUGAUGUGACCUGACUGACAGGUCAGAUCUGUCCAAGUCUGCCCUGCGACUGACUCAUGCAUGAGCUGCUGUCAUAAAAAAUUAUAGCUCUCUUUUCUGAGCAGCCCCCACCCUCUCUUUUCUGAGCAGGGUCGCUCACCAGUUUGACACAUCCAUCUCCUGUCAGCCACAGUCGAGCUCUGACAGGCAAGGUGACAAAAGGCUGUAAUCUCCCCCGCCGCGGUGUGUGAUUCAGGGACAGGGUGUGUCAGAAAUACCUGCGAAAAGCCUCCCAGCCGCUAGGCCCGAGUGAGUGAGCGAUGAUGGGACGUUUCAGUAGACAAGCGUGAACGCCAAGAUCCGUGCCAAGACCAAGGAGAGAAACCAGGAAGGAAAGGGAAGCGAGGUUUGAGUGAAAUCUGCCAAGACGUCGCUCUUUAGGAGUGUCUCCUCUGUUGGUGAGAUGCUACAAAAGAGGAUCUUAAAGUGUGAGUUUGUGUUGGAUCUGUCGUAGGCUCCCAAAAGUUAGAGGACCCAGCUGCGAAGCAGAGCUGGUUGUUUCCUGACAGCUGAGAAAGCUGGCGUUCAGACAGCGGGCCUGCUGUGAGUGUGUGUGUGUCUGCAGGCUUCAACACAGGCAAGAAAAGAAGUAUAAAGACAAAGAAAUGAUGAAGCCAGAAGAUGAAUUCUGUCCACGAUCACAUAGUGAGGCAGCGAGGGGAAGAAAAAUGGAGUGUCAGCUGAAGGAAGCCAAGACUCUUUGGUUAAAGUUAAUGGGUUUCAUCACAGAUUGAAACCUGGUUAAUAGCUGUGCUGGAAGUUUUCCGUAGAUUCAAUCAGCCUUUGUUCAACUCUGCAGUGAAAAAAGAAGAAAAAAAAACAUAUAACAGAUUUUCUUUUUUAAGAACAAAGAGAAGUUAGCCUGAAGUUCAAGAAAAAUAUUUUAGAGGCUGAAACUGGUUCUGUUUUUAUUUAUGAGUCUGAGUAUUACUGGAAAGUGAAGCAGAAAAAUUCUUUGUAAUUAUUCUUUUUUUUAUUUUAUUAUUAUUAUUUUUUCCAGUUCAAUACAAAGAGUAAGUCGUUCUUACAUGUUGUAGUUUGAUCAAUAUAUUCUUAAGCUAAUCUAGUUCUUAAAUAUUUAAUUUAUACCGAACUGAACUCUGGUCAAAGAGUUAAAAAAAUAUAUCAUUUUAAAUUUAAUGCAUGCAACAUGUUUUAAAUGAGUUCUGACAGCGGCGUGUUCACUGCUGUGUUGGAUCACCUCAUCUCUUGACAACCCCUCAGAACCAAAGAGAUCGUUUUCUGAGUGUAAUAACAUGUUAUGCUGUGAUUUCCAAAAAGAAAUACUGAAUAAGAAUAUUGUAAAAAUAAACAUAAAAACUUGAUUCUCAGAUCACAGGAUAUUAAUUCUGUUUUCUGUUUCCACUACAGAGCCAUGCUAGUUUUGUCGAAGCUCUCUCUAAAUUCUCUAAAACUUUUAAUAAUAUCAUGAAGUAUUGUUGAUGAAAAACCUGAAUACUUCGCAACUUGAAAUAGGGAAAACUUUUCUGAAAUCUGUUCUGCUUCCGCAGUCUUUCACAGAGUAGUGAACCUCCUUCCAUCUCCCAUCCCUCUUAUAAAUACCCUUUAUUCAUCUCUGACCUGUUGCAAAUAAACCGCAAUAGUUUGGAGACGUUCCCCAAAGUCAUCUUUUUUUUUUUUUUUAUCACUCAUCUUUUUCAGUUUUUAUUGUCCCUGCCCCAAACUUUUGAAACUUGUUGCUGGCAUCAAAUUUAAAAUUUGAAAAUUGGAUUUUUUUCAGUUUGAACAUUUGAAAUCUCAUCUUUGUACCAUUUUCAGUUAAAUAUCUGAUUUAUAUGAUCUGCAAACCAUCAAAAUCUGUUUCUACCAAUAUUUAACUCAUCGUCCAAACCUUUUUAGAAAUAAGUUUGUGCUUAAUUAAUUAAUUAGAAAUGUGUUUUUUUAUAUAUUUAGGAAAUUGACAGAUUAGUUUAUAAGAAAUUGAAAAACUGUAACAAGCUGUUGAAAUUUUAUUGACUGCAGGUUUGAUGCCACCAGACUUAUAUUAAAAACACUCAACAGUUUAAUGAACCUUCUGAUUGAGAAAUGUAAUUAAAAAUGGAUGAAGAUCUAAAUUUGGGAAAAUACUCCUCUGUUUAUUUUUAACCGAUAAACAAACUUCACCAAUCUCAUGAUGUGUAAAUCAUGAACCGCCGAGGCCACAUGAAAUCACAGAGCAAACACUGAUUACUUCCAGCUCAGUAACCAGCAGUAUGAGCUCCAUUAAUUUUGAGUAACUUCCUCAGACAGACACUUUUCCUCUCUGUAGAAAGUGAAAACAAUGAGCCGGUCACCCUAACUGAAUGACCAUUACUACAUCAUUAGCCGUUUACUGCUCACAACUGGCCCCUUAAUGAAACAAAUACCUUUUCCUGGCACAAACUAUGGGAAGCAAAACAAACAAAAACAGACACUUAAACCCAUCAUUAUCAGGCUGCUAAUGCAAACCAGAUGGAGAGAGGCAGGGGCAUACCAACUUCUUGAGGUAAUAACAAAGCUCCAAACAAGCUUUCACCCCCAGCGUUUCUUUGUAUCAGUGUAUUGGCUUGUUUGUUUUAACCAGCGCCACUCUUUCACAUUGGUGACACCGCAGAUGAUGAGUUGCUAAUCAAAAACACAUCUUUUUUUUUUUCCUUUUCUCUUUGUUUUGAUCAAUGACAUCCCUCCCCCUGCUCCCUCUCUGCCUUACAUUCCACUUUAUCCACUCGGGCCGUGAGUACCUGGCUUAUAUCUUCCACAUGCAGCCCGUGGAUGGUUCCUGCCCGGAACAGGAGCAUGCAGAUAAAUUCUCCACCCUCUCCUCCCAUCCAAAACCAUUAGUCUCCCUGGACACAGCUCAUGAAGUCAAUUUUACGCCGUCUAGUUUGAUUGUAGCCCCUAUAUCCAGAUGUUUGUUUCCCAUUUACAGGUCUUGCAGAGAUCCCUGCACCGCAGGAAGAGCACGUUCGCUCCCCAGGAAUGCCCUCACGCAGCAGGCCCUGCAGAUAGUGAUCUUAGCAGCCAUUCAUUAUAAUAUGUCAGAAUGUUGCCCCUUUAGAGAGAUUGAUGCAGUCCUUGGGACACUGUAGAUCACAGGGAGAGUGAGCUGUGGCUAAUCUUUAGCAGGCAGACGCUACAACAGCGUAUUUAUCGGGUCUCUUCUCCUGCUGACCAGACCUUUCAGUGUGAAUGUAAUUCAUCAGAGGCGCUUAAAGCAACAAGGCCUCUGCAAACACAUAUUUCAGCGGGAUGGUCUUGCAAACUGUGACAAAGGUAACUCCGGCCCAGGCGUGCUUCAAGUCUGGGCCCCCCUACCUCCAAACCAAAUAGUGGGAUGCAGAGAGAUGUGCUAGCAGCCCGCGUGCCAUAAUGUUUUAUGGCCGAUGAUUGAGUCCCAGGAGUCUUCAGCCAGGUUCAACAGACAUCCAGCUUACACAUGGACCUCAGUCAUCAGAUCAGCUGAUAGUCUGACUGUCAGUGUUUGUCUUGGACUCACUUCCUUAGACAGCAGUGAUUAAUUGACUCGCUGGUCUAAUUAGUUUGUCUGAUUAUUUUUGUCUCCUUAUUUGCAUGAAAAACAUGUUUAUUGGUUUGAGGUUUCUCCACGUUCCCACAAAAAACUGUUACUCAGUAUACACGCCUCCUACCAGAAGACUUUGGCCAAGAUCCUCUUCCUCUUUGUGUUUUUACAGCUCCAGGAUAACGUGACACUGGUCAACCCCGGGAUUUCCCAGCUGUGUAUCAGGGGGGAUGGUAAGCUCCUGGCGUCAGCGGGCUGGGACCAUCGUGUGCGGGUGUUUGGGUGGAAGAGGCUUAAACCGCUGGCGGUGCUUCAGUACCACACUGACAUGGUGCAAAGCGUGGCCUUCUCUGACCACCAGGACCCCCGACAAAGACUGCUGGCUGCUGGAUCCAAGGACCAGAGGAUCAGCCUGUGGUCUAUCUACAACGAGGGAGCAGAGACAGGCUGAGACUCAGAGCUCUGCAAGGAUUUAUGAACUCAACACUCCCUAAACUCUCAUUUGUACCUUUGCUAACUAAUGUCCCUCAGCAGGUCAGAGUAAUGUUUUAAUACCUGCACAUAUGGACUGUGUAUAUUAUCCUCUCAGAAGAGGAUAUAUAGUGAAGCUGAAUGAGAAUUCAUUUAUGCGAGCCGACUCCUACGCUGUGUCAGCAGAGACGUUUUUGUUUGGGAAAAGCUUAAAGAUGAGCUCAGGAUUUGGGAUCUCUGGACUUACAGACUCCAAUAAAUGAAGCAGACUGAAAAACAGAAAGCUAAAUUAUAAAUACAUUCAAUUAAGACGGACAUUUAAAUCGUUAAUUGUGGUUAAGAGAACGAUAACAGCUGAAAUUUGUUUUGAAGAGACCUGUUUGCAAUAACUUAAUGAAAUAAAUCACAGUUAAUUCCAAUCUAAGUCUAGAGUAUUAUCUACAAAUGGGGUUUUUAUUUUUAUUUUUUCCAUAAGAGAAAAGCUUUGAUGCUGUUUUCACUGUGAGAAUCUGGAAAAUUGAGUCAUUUGAGACCAAACAAGAACAAAACCUCUCUUAGUUUUUUUCUGUGUCUCACAUCUCUACUUCCUGCGUGUAUUUAACAUAAACAAAAGCACACUCCAGAGAGACUGAGAUUAGCACACCUACCGACUGAUUCCAGACACGCUUGAUUGAGUCAAGGAAAUGAUUUAUUUGUACAGAUACAUUAAAUAAACAUUAGAACCAAUUAGAUGGCAAUAAUUACAUCUUAUUAUAUCUCUUUUGAGGAGUUUGACUUCUGUGAAAAAGAUGGAAAUUUCCUUUGAUGCCCUUUUGAGACAAAGGAAACCAUCAGCAACACAAAUUUUUAAGGCCUGAAACCAGAACGAGGGCAGAAGACAGGAAUCAGGAGACAGUACUAUCAUGUAGGUGAAAACUGCCCAGAAUUCAAAGUAACUAAAAGUUUCUCACAGGACAAUGACUGUAAUGAUGUGUCUGUUUUAUCAGAUACGUCCUGAAAAGUUUAAGGCUUCUUAAACUUUCUUUGACUCAGGAAAGUGUACCUAAAGACAACCUGUGUGGACCGAGAUUAGCAGGAGUUUGUCAGCCACUGAAAGCUUCGAUUUCAACUGCAAGACUUUAACAAUCAGGAUGCAAAGCCUUUGAGUAUGAAGAUAUCCAUAAAAUGAAAGUUCAAACCGUAUUUUUUUUAAUUGCUAAGAUCUGUGAAUGUCUGUGAGAGGCAGAUACACAAACACAGUCUCACCUAACAGUCUGAAUAUCUUCUUAUUGACUGUUCAUCCUGCUAUUUACCGAGGCCUUUGUGACGCUCUCUGCAGCAGUGUGAUUGUGUUGACUCAUCUGAAGGGAGAUUUGCUCCACUGGAUUUGAAUUUGAGGUCUACGGUGCACCUGAGCUGCUCCGUAAUCUCGUGUUGUUAUUCUAGCAGGUCUUAGCCUAACACACACACCGCCCUGCAGCCUGACCUGUGUUUGUCAAACACACUUAAUCACAGCAAGGACAUAAAGAACAGAAAUGCUGGCUUAGUGGAGGAGCAGAUGCUCAUGUUGGCCGAGGUAAGGAGCUAUAAAAUGUCUGUGUGAGUCAAAACAAGCGGAGUAAUUUAAAGUUUUUAAACUCAGAGAAAUUGCAAGCAUUUUAUAUUUACCCCACAUCCAACCCAGCACAGGUUUCUUUUUAAGGACCUUGUUUUGAACAUCCCAGAGAAAAUAUCGAGGUGUUUUUUCUUUCCAACAUCUCUAAUAAUAUCUGUGUGAGUCAAUGAGCAGCAUGGGAGCUCGUGUGUUUCAGGGGGCUGGAGGCCGGGGCUUCAAACGCUUCAUGUUCUGCUUCAUAAAAGCUUUGUCUCCUGGGAUGACCCUAAGUUGAGGAGCUCAUCAUGCUGUACAGGAAAAGCCUGAGAAAUCAAAGAGGCAGACGGCUCGCACGAUGGCUACGAAUCAUUAGUGAACAGAGGAAAGACGGGGUCAGUGGCUAGACAAGCUUCCUUGCUGUGAGGCUGCUGGUUUGAAAAAUGUGUCGCCUGCAGAUUUGGGAAGUUUUCUUGCUUGUUCACUAUCUAAAAAUGAAAAACAUAAAACACCCUAUUUUCUGCAGGAUUUUUUUUUUAAGUUUCUGCUCUUGAUUUGAUGUUUUCCUUGUUCCCUGCAGAGCUCCAUCCAUACCUUUUGUCCCUGACCCCACUGCUGACAUGUUGCAUUCAUGACAGCUUCCUAACUCUGCUGUUGGCUUUGAACAAACACCAGAGGUGGCGUGGGCCAGCUUCCGUCCGUUCUCUGAUAAAUCAAAUGCCGGGUCCACUGGUGCAGAUGUGUGCUGAAUGGAGCAGACUGGUGCAGAGGCUGUGGACCUCAUAAAUCACUUCAUAAUGGAUCAUUUAGGAAGUCAAUAAAUCGACAGGGAGACCGUCUGCACAAUAGAGCCUGUGCUUCACUUAUCACCUAACGUGUGUCUUUCUUGGCCUUAGAGGUCAGAGGUCAGUCUGGCUUUGGGAUGGGACAUAAUCUGUUAGUUUUUUUUUUUGUUGAUGCUGACACUUGCUAAGCUUUUAGGUUAGAGAUGCCACACCAAGCCUGAGAGAAAUAUUGAAUCCUAUCCUACCUUUACAGGCCAAAACCAACAUUUUGCCUCAUGGUAAAGUUGGUUUUAUUUAUUUCCUUAAAUGUGAAUCAAUACAAAUGUACAGAGAGGUUUCCCCAGUGUUGAUGAUGUGUUAUGAUGUUCCACAUAAAACGUCCGUCAGCAGCCUCAAGCACCGUGAACUGUUGCACUCUUAUUAUUAGCUGCGAAACCAUGCGGGGAAAUAUGAAACAUGUGUUUUGCUGUUUAGGUGGACGACUCCGGUUAGUUUACCUGGACUGUUAUUAAAUAACUUUCUCCAGAUACAGCAUGCAGGAGACGCUCAGCUGCCGAACUGUUCACAGAGGUGAAGGGAACGAAUCGAGACCCCGAUCGGCCCGUCACAGCAGAUGUUCCAGAUGCAGCUGAGUGUCAAAUGAAGCCUCGGGUCCCAAUAAUCAUCCAUCCUCUACCUCUUCAUACUUCAAUGACAAGUCCUUGGCACUGUAUCUCUGGAGCUUGAGACAUCUGGGCACAUCAGGUAUUAUGCAGUAAAGCAAAGGUAUUAUACAAUAUGGUUGCUCUUUUUACUCAAACAUUUAAAUAACUUGCAUAAUAAUGAUCUUGGAGACUAUGUAGGUCAUGUGCACAAGUACAAUGUGGAAGAUACUUUCCAAAUAAGCACCAUUAUAACUUCACCGGUGAGUUUUUAGGUGUAAUGCAUUUAAAUUCCUCCAGUAGGCGCACUUUCUCUGAUUUGCCAACCUGAAAAAUCACUUCAUAUUCAGUGUGUGUGAACUUUGAUUAUCUGCUAUCAAAGCCAGUACCUUAAAUUGUGAUAGAUUCAGUAUUUAGAUCUUAAUUUGGUAAAACUGAGCAUCAAAAUAUAAUGAUAAACAUACAAAAUAAAGAGUAAAAUAACUAGUAUCAUGUUACAUGCAGGGCUGUAAAAUGAGGGCAGCCUUGGGUGUCAAUGUCAAGUCCUUUCAGUCUGGUGUGCUGUACUUUGCAGCGCACAGUGUGAAAACUUUCAUCGCUAGAGAUUGUUUUGCACAAAAUUUCACAAUUAAUUUGUGCAGAAUUGGACCAAUUUAUGUCUUACAGUUCACAGACAUUGUCCAAAUUUUAGGCUACUUAUGAUAUGCGUUUAUAUUUUUAAUAAUUUAAGGCAUUUUUUAAAAGUACUACAGUCAGGUCCUGAAUAAGGGAGGUAUUUACUCAUAAACUGACUCUUUCAUUUUCCCACAGGCUACAGCC